AGGAUAAAGAAAAAUACCACAAAUGUAUCAUUAUUUAAUUAUUUUUCCUAUAGGUUAAAAAGAUAUAUAAAAAAGGAAAUAUUUAUUAAAAAAGAAUGCAAUUAUCAGAAGUUUUAAAGUUAUUUGAUUCUCCUCUCAGUCAGGAGCAAUGUUGGAGUGUGUGUUAUGGCACUUGCAAAGCCUUAAUGACCAAACGAAGAGAAGAUUACCAACGUAGGGAGAGAAUAAAGUAUAUAUUAAACUUAGAUUCACUUAUACUCACCCAGAGAGGCGAUAUAGAAAUUUUACAGUCUGAACCAAACUUUCAAGAAACUCAAAAUGACUCUGAAUUGAUAUUUGCCAUUGGGAAUUUGGUGUGUAGAUGUUUGGACCAUGGAUUAGAUGAAGAAGAAAUAUGUGAAGUGAGAUUUCAGGAUGAUUUAGCUGAAUUGAUUGGAGGAAUGGUUUUGCAGAGCAGUGAAUUUGAUGAAGGUAUUAGCGAACCAGAUUUAGGUGAAAGUUGGGAGAGCCGGAAAUUCCAAUCCAGUCAUUACCGAAGCUUCCAACGGCUUUCUGAAGUGACCCGAUUUUGUGAGGCGCGACUCUUAAGACGAAACAUUGAGGCGCGAAACAAACAUUAUUCUAACGUUAGCAAAGCUCUGUACGUCGAAGCUUCGGAAUUAAAGGCAUUUUUGGGCCACGUGCUUCACGAGCUGGACGAAAACUCUGCUUCGCUGGAUGAAACGAGAGGGCCAGAACUAGCGAAGAGGUAUGUGAAAGAAUGGGCAAAGCUAUGGUUACGAGUAAUGGAUGAACUGCGUAAGAAAACAAAAAAACGCCGCCGAAAUUUAAAGCCGGAAGAUUAUCAGAGUGCUCCCUUUGACAUUUUCAACAUGACGGAAAGCAACGAAGAACUUCGAAGGGGAAAUACAACCAAACAUUCGGAUAGUUUGCCAGAAAACGCAGAGGAUAAAAUCUUCAAUUUUCUUCGGACCAGGGUAUCGAGUCAAGAAGACGUGCGAAAUAAAAGUGGUUCGACAAGCCCUGUUGACAUUACUAUAGAGGAAAAUAAAGACGUAAGGGAUGGCGCGCCAUCUGCACAAGAAGUGUCAAACGAGAAGAAAAAGAUUUCCGUGGAGGAAACUUUGAGUAGAAAAAUUAGCGACUGGGAUGACUAUAGUUUAGAUGAAACACUAGAGGAAGAUUAUUUGAAGGGAUAUGAAAGUGACGAUGAGACUGAUGAGGUUAUUAAUAAAUCUUCUACGCAUGCGCCAGUGAAGCUUGCUCCUUUAUGUAUUACAGUCGAACCUGAAGUAAUAAACGAAACUAGAAAAACUAGAAGUAGUACAUUGUGUCAUGUGCUUCCUGAAAUUACCCGUGAUGCAGCAUUGUUGCCGUUUCAUAAACGAAGACAUAGUAUUGGAAGAAUGUCGGUAGAGAGAUCACAAAACAUUUCGGAUUCUCUUCAAGAGAUUGACAUUGACGAGAAAGAUGAUGAAUCCGAGAAAAUCGGGUCAAGUUUAACGGAAAUUUUUAAAAUUCGACAAGAGAUUACAAGGUCGGAAAUGGAAUUAAUAAAAGAUGAAGAUGUUUUAAACUUAAAAAAGUGUUUUGGUUGCAGAAGAACUAAAUUCUCUAUCUUUCAAAGGUCCCGUCUAUGUACAGUGUGUAACAAAAAAUACUGCUUAAAAUGCAUCAAAGAAAACACAAACAUUCCAUCGCAAAUCGUCGACGCAUUACCGGUGAAUAUCGACGUCACACAUACGGCACACACGUCAGCGUUAAUGAGUAGCCGGCACAUGUCGAAAAGCAUGUUUAAUCUCGGAAGUACAGCUGCGCCAGGGGAGUCAAAAAACACGUGGCUACGCAACCGACAUUCAAACGGUUUGAAAUUACACAUGUGUACAGAGUGCAAGUUGUUUCUAGAUUGCAUUGAAAGCGAAAAGACGAAACAAAAGUGGACAGUUCGUUUAGAACUCGACUUGUAAAUCUAAAUCUUUUUAUUGUUGAUUAUAUAUUAGUUAUUGUAUUAUACAUUUCUUGGACCAGUUGUCUUAUCUUUUAUCA